AUGAAGACCAUCUCUCCAGAUGAGAAGAACAGCAUUCGAGGAAUCUCCUUUAUGAAGCUAGAGGGCAGAUUCAGAUGGAAGCGUGGGUCCAUUGUCAACGAUCCAGAAGCUCUCCCAGAAUUAGAUGACAUAGAAGACCAACCCUCACCUGCAACCAGCAUACCUCACCAGAACCAGCAGGACCUCGAACCCUCACAGUCCAAUCCUCUGGAUGAUGCAGGAUUCUUGUCCUUCAGCACGUUUUGCUGGAUGUUGCCCAUCAUGUGGGGCCUGUUUAGGAACAAGCUGGACAUGGGCUCGCUCACCAUAUCUCCCCUCGACGAGGCCGGAACCAAUGGACAAAGGUUACAGAGUCUAUGGGAUGAGGAGGUGGAGAAGGUCGGGCUGGAGAAAGCUUCUUUCCUCCGAGUAGCUCUUCGCUUCCAGGGAACCACACUGGUGCCGUCUUGCUUUGUUGGUCUUCUUUUGAUGUUCACUUCAUUCUUGGGGCCGGCAGUCCUGGUCCAUGAGAUCUUGACAUAUGUAGAACAGCCAGGGAGCUCAACUUUGAUCUACGGAGUGGGUAUGUGUGUUGCACUGUUCACCUCAGAGUUCUGCAAGAGCUUCUUCUUUUCUCUCUUGUGGGCGUUGAACCUGCGGACAGCUGUCAGGGUGAAGGGAGCCUUCUCCAUGGUGGCGUUCCACAAGAUUGUCUCUCUCCGCAGGAGCCGCUACAUCUCUACAGGAGAGAUGAUCAAUAUUCUGGUCAGUGACGGCUACAGGCUGUUUGAGGCUUUCAUCUUUUCAAGCCUCCUGGUGACGAUGCCUAUGAUGCUAAUAAUUUGCAUAAUCUAUUCCUGCUACAUCCUUGGAGCCACCAGCCUCAUAGGAUUUGUGGUCUACUUCAUCUCCAUCCCCAUACAGCUGGCUGUGGCCAAGCUGAUUUCUGUGUUCAGGCAGAGAACCAUACUAGUAACAGACAGACGUGUCUGUAUCAUGAAUGAGGUGCUCACCUGCAUUAAACUAAUCAAGAUGUAUGCCUGGGAGGACGCCUUUGAGAGGAUGAUUACAGAGAUCAGGAAAAUCGAGGGCAACCUGUUGGAGAAAGUCAGCUACAUCCAGAAUGCCAACCUUUCCCUUUCCCUCGUCCUCCCCGUCCUCGCAACCACCGUCACCUUCAUAACCCACACCUUACUGGGUUUACCACUCAGCUCCACUGCGGCCUUUACCUACGUUGCCAUCUGUAAUUCCACGAGGUUCGUUUUGGCGAUAUUGCCCAUCGCUGUAAAGACCACUGCUGAGGCUUUUGUGGCUCUGGCCCGAAUGAAGAAAAUAAUGGUGAUUCAAAGUCCAGAUCCAUACCUGCUCCACCAGUCGGACAGCAAUUCAGCCAUAGUGAUGGACAACGCUACUCUGUUUUGGACCAAACCAGCCAGCAUGGCUAAUGGCUUGUCAGGAGAUAACGUGGACCUGGUACCCCCGCAUGAGAGACUUGAAGACCAGCCAACACUGAAAAACAUCUCCUUCACCUUGCCAAAGGGGAAACUGUUGGGAGUCUGUGGUAAUGUUCGAAGUGGGAAGACAGCGCUGAUAUCCAGCAUUUUAGAACAGAUGCACCUUCAGCAGGGCUCCGUCACAGUUGAUGGGACAUUUGCCUACGUUUCCCAGCAGGCCUGGGUAUUCCACGGAACUGUGCAAGACAAUAUUCUGAUGGGAGAACAAAUGGAUAAGGCCAGGUAUGACAGAGUUCUUGAUGUGUGUAGCCUCAGAGCUGACCUGGAGAUCCUUCCCAAUGGUGACCAAACUGAGAUUGGGGAGCGGGGACUGAAUCUGUCAGGAGGGCAAAAGCAGAGGAUCAGCCUGGCUAGAGCAGUCUACUCUGAUAAGGACAUCUUUCUCCUAGAUGACCCCCUGUCUGCUGUAGACAUCCACGUUGGGAAACACAUCUUUGAGGAAUGUAUUAAGAAGGAACUCCAAGAGAAAUCCAUCAUCCUGGUCACCCACCAGUUGCAGUACCUGGAGUUCUGUGAUGAGGUGCUGGUUCUGGAGGAUGGGGAGAUCCAGGAGAUGGGGAACCACAUAAUCUUGAGGAAGUCCAAUGGACACUACGCUCAGAUGAUUACCAACUACCUGAUGGAACAGUCCAAAGCUGAUGAAGAGGAAAAGGUCUCCCCACCAGGUCUCCUUAUGAAGGAUCCCGAGUUUAAAGAACACACAACGAAUGGAACUGUGAAUGCUGCAUUUGAUAUGUCAGAUGAGAUGGACCAUGGAACACCCUCUGAAGCACAAAUAGUGGUGGAGUCGAAGGAGCAGCUGGUCUUGAAAGAGCACUCUGGGGAGGGCUCAGUCUCAUGGAGAACCUACCAUUUCUACUGCAAGGCAGCUGGAGGCUAUAUCAUUGCUUCCAUCACAAUCCUCCUCAUCGUCCUACUUGUUGGCAGCACAGUAACUAGCAACAUGUGGCUCAGUCACUGGUUGGAGCAAGGCGAUGGGACGUUCAACGUGACAGAUGCUGACAAGGACAACAUCACUCUGAACCCAGACCUCCCCUUCUAUCAGAUGGUUUAUGGCCUAAUAGUGGUUGUUACAGUAGUACUCUGCAUCUUCAAAAGCUUCGCAUUCACCAAGGUCACCCUGCGCGCUGCCUCAACACUCCAUGACACCAUGUACAAAAAGGUCAUGGCGAGCCCCAUGAGUUUCUUUGACACCAAUCCUGUAGGUCGUGUUCUGAACCGCUUCUCCAAAGACCAGGAUGAGUUGGACGCCAUGAUUCCCAUCUUUACAGAGUCCUUCUUCCAGUUCACUCUGUUAGUUAUAUACUCCAUCAUCACCAUCUCAGCAAUUGUCCCUGUGUUAUUAGCAGCUGUGGCUGUCCUUGGAGCUGUUGUCAUCCUCAUUGUCUUUGUGUUCCAGAGAGGUAUCCGUCAAAUGAAGAGAGUGGAGAACACCAGCCGGUCUCCCUGGAUCUCCCUUGCUACCUCUACCAUGCAAGGACUCGACAUCAUCGAUGCCUACAACAAGAGAGACAACUACAUGGAAAUGUUCAAGUCCCUGAUUGACAUCAACACCAACCACUUUUUUCUGUUUAACUGUGGGAUUCGCUGGAUGUUCUUCUGGUUGGAUUUUAUUUGUUCUGUUUAUAUCCUGUUGGUGGCGAUAACCGUAGUGUUAAGCCCUAAUGACGUCAUCGGCCCCCCCAUUAAAGGCCUGGUACUCUCCUAUGCUUUACAGCUGACAGGUGUGUUGCAGCACAUGGUGAGGGUGUCGACAGAAGUGGGAGCCAGAUUCAGCUCUGUGGAAAGAAUCCAGGAGUACAUAACGGACUGUGUGUCUGAGGCUCCCAGGAAGGCCGGAGAGGUCCCUGAGGACUGGCCUCCUGAGGGAGCCAUCACCUUCAAUGAAUACACGAUGAAGUACAGGAAGAACACCCCCAUAGUCCUUAACAGGCUCCAGCUCCACAUCAGAGCUGGCGAGAAAAUUGGCAUCGUGGGAAGGACAGCCUCUGGAAAGUCAUCUCUAGGUGUGGCUCUCUUCAGGCUUGUAGAGCCAGCAGCAGGAACCAUCCUGAUAGAUGGAUUGGACAUCACAAACAUUGGCCUGCAAGACCUCCGCAGCAAACUGUCCAUCAUCCCCCAGGACCCUGUCCUCUUCAUCGGCACCAUCAGGUAUAACCUGGACCCCUUUAGUUACUACGAUGAUGAAGAGAUCUGGUUGGCCUUGGAGAAGACUUACCUGAAAGAUUCAAUCUCCAGGCUGCCUAGGACACUUCAGACAGAGGUUUUAGAAAAUGGAGCAAACUUCUCCGUGGGAGAGAGACAACUUAUGUGUAUGGCCAGAGCACUGCUCCGAAACUCCAAGAUCAUCAUCCUGGAUGAAGCCACCGCGUCUAUCGAUGUGGAGACGGAAGUCCUGAUCCAACAUACCAUCAGAAAAUCCUUCCAGAAAUGUACUGUGCUCACCAUCGCUCACCGCAUCCACACGGUACUGCAGGCAGACCGAAUCCUGGUCAUGAAGCAUGGAGAGGUGGUUGAAUUCGACCAUCCCGAUGUGUUGAAGCAGAGACCAGAAUCUGUGUUUGCCUCUCUGCUGGCUGCAACAAACACUGUCAACAUCGGAGGCUCCUAA